AUGUUUGAUGUGUGUUUCACCGGAGAGUCCAUAGUCAAAGCUUCCGGAAACAACCCUGAGAGACCUCAUAAACUUUCUCUAUCAAAUCUCGACCUACUUUCCGGCCGUUUUCCUGUGACCUACUUUUACUUCUACCCCAAGCCACCUCACUUGGCUUCAACCUUGGGCUCCAUCGUUGAAUCCCUCAAAGCCUCUCUCUCUGAAACUCUUAACUACUUCUACCCUUUUGCUGGUCAGAUAGUUCCAAACGAAACCUCUCAAGAAGAGCCUAUCAUCCUCUGCAACAACAAUGGAGCUUUGCUAGUCCAAGCACGAGCCAACACCGAUCUCAAAAGUCUUGAUUUUUACAACCUCGACGUGUUUCUCCAAGCAAAGCUGGUUAGAGUUAACCCUGAUUUCCCCUUGCAGGUUCAAGUGACAGAGUUCAAUUGUGGAGGCCUCUCUGUAACAUUCACAUUCGACCACGCUCUAGGAGACGCUAGCUCUUUCGGCAAGUUCCUCACCACAUGGUCAGAGAUAUCGAGAAAACAACCAGUUUCUUGUGUACCAGACCACCGGAGAAACCUCCUCCUGCCGCGCUCUCCUCCGCGUUACCACCCUCUCUUAGACAAAACAUUCAUAAAAUGCAGCGUGGAAGAGAUUAAGAACAUACCAACCCCCAAAAGGCUCAUCAAGCGACUCUACCACAUCGAUGCUUCGAGUAUAAACGCGUUGCAAGCACAAGCUAAUGUGAACGGAGAGAACAGGACAAAGAUUGAAGCUUUCUCUGCUUAUGUCUGGAAGAAAAUGGUGGAUUCUAUAGAGAGCGGUCACAAAACAUGCAAGAUGGGCUGGCUUGUUGACGGUAGAGGAAGACUAGAGACUGUCACCUCUAGCUACAUAGGAAACGUCUUGUCUAUAGCUGUCGGUGAAGCCACCAUUGAAAAUCUGAAACAAAACCAUGUGUCAGAGAUAGCAAACAUAGUUCAUAAUUCGAUUGCUGAAGUGACAAACAAUACUCACUUCGCAGAUUUGAUAGAUUGGAUCGAGAGUCACCGACCUGGAUUGAUGUUAGCUCGGGUGGUAUUGGGACAAGAAGGACCAGCUUUGGUCUUGUCUUCAGGAAGACGGUUCCCUGUGGCUGACUUGGAUUUUGGGUUUGGUGCUCCUGUCCUUGGGACUGUAUGUUCAACUGUUGAGAAAAUAGGAGUUGGUUACCUCAACCAGCGACCUAGCGCUUGCAAUGACGGCUCGUGGUCGGUCUCUGCUAUAGUAUGGCCUGAACUCGCUGCAGCUUUAGAGUCGGACUCUGUUUUUCAGCCGAUGUCUGCUAAGCAUCUUCAUCUCCGGACCUGA